AUGCCCAAAUGUUUUCAUGUCCUACUUAACUUACAACACAAACCAACUUAUUUUGUAUUUUUCAGACUUAAUUUUUCCACGCCAUUUUCCACUAACGCCAUCUCAAUCUGUCGGUCUGUUGGUUUGAAAUCCAUCACCCGAAUAGAAUACUCCACACGUUAUAUUUUAACGUUUAAAAAUAAUCAGCUACCAACGGAGAUCGUCAUCUCGAAAAUUGUUCACCUACUACAUGAUAAAAUGACUCAGUGUAGAUACUAUGUACCUUUAAAAAGUUUUGACCUAGAUGUUCGAUCGGAUCCGAUAUUUGAAGUUGAUGUCAUGGGAUGUGGAAGAACAGCUUUAGAGAAAGUGAAUAAAGAGUUAGGUCUAGCGUUCGAUGAUUGGGAUCUAGAUUACUAUACUAAUUUAUUUACGAAUCAAAUCAAAAGAAAUCCUACUAGUGUGGAAUGUUUUGAUCUAGCUCAGUCCAACAGUGAACACAGUCGUCACUGGUUUUUUAAAGGCAAGUUAAAUAUUGAUGGUAAGAUGGAACACAAUGAAGAAUCUCUGUUUUCUAUGAUUAUGGACACUCAGAAUUCCAGUAAUCCCAACAAUAUCAUAAAAUUUAACGAUAACAGCAGUGGAAUUGUGGGUCACAGUGUAAGAGUUUUAACACCAGAGACGCCAGGUGAAGUUAGUAGAAUGAAAACAGAACACGAUCGUACACAACAUAUUAUAUUUACUGCUGAAACACACAACUUCCCUACUGGAGUUGCCCCUUUCCCUGGUGCUACCACUGGUACUGGUGGAAGGAUUCGUGAUGUACAUGCAACUGGUCGUGGGGCUCACGUUCUGGCUGGAACUGCUGGGUACUCGUUCGGAAAUCUUCAAAUACCAGGUUAUAAACAACCAUGGGAAGAAGAUGUAGCGUAUCCUAGUAAUUUCGCCUCACCUCUAGAAAUAGCUGUAGAAGCCAGCAAUGGAGCCUCCGAUUAUGGUAAUAAGUUUGGCGAGCCUGUACUGACAGGAUUCGCACGAUCGUUCGGUCAAGUAUUAUCGGAUGGUGAACGACGAGAAUAUGUAAAGCCUAUCAUGUUCAGUGGAGGACUGGGUAUGCUGAAUGGAGAACAUAUAUUAAAACAGAGCCCUGAAAAAGGUAUGGAGGUAGUGAAGAUAGGAGGACCAGUGUAUCGUAUAGGUCUAGGGGGAGGGGCUGCCUCAUCAGUGGAGGUCCAGGGUGACAACAAGGCAGAGUUAGAUUACGGUGCUGUACAGAGAGGUGAUGCCGAGAUGGAACAGAAGUUGAAUCGUAUCAUCAGGGCCUGUAUUGAGAUGAAGAAUAAAAACCCUAUUUGUAGUAUACAUGACCAAGGUGCUGGCGGAAACGGUAAUGUAUUAAAGGAAAUCGUAGAGCCAUUAGGGGCUGUAAUAAAACCUGACCGGUUCCAACUGGGUGACCCUACACUGAGCCUACUAGAGGUCUGGGGGGCAGAGUACCAGGAAAGCGAUGCUGUGCUGGUUAGACCCGAUGAUUCCAGUGUUUUGAAGAAACUCAGCCACCGAGAAAGAUGUCCUGUUAAUUUUGUUGGUACUGUUACUGGAACUGGCAGGAUAGAUGAGAAAGGAGACUGUCCAAUGUUAACAGAUGAAAUAAACGAUGAAAAGCUGCCUUAUGAUUUAGAUUUAGAAUGUGUUCUGGGAAAAAUGCCACGAAAGGAAUUUAAUUUAAAGACAGUAAAACCUGUAUUAAAGACCAUCACUCUACCAGACAGCGUGACUAUAUCAGAGGCCUUGAAUCGUGUCCUCCGUCUGCCUACUGUAGCCAGUAAACGAUAUCUUACUAAUAAGGUUGAUAGAUCAGUUACUGGUCUGAUAGCCCAGCAGCAAUGUGUUGGUCCAUUACAUACACCAUUAGCUGAUGUAGCAGUCACUGCAUCUUCUUAUUUUGACAAGGUUGGAUCUGCCACUGCAAUAGGAGAACAGCCAAUCAAGGGACUGAUAGACCCUGCUAUCGGAGCUCGGAUGUCUGUCAAUGAAGCUCUAACUAACCUCAUGUUUGCUAGAAUUACUGAUUUGAAGGAUGUAAAAUGUAGUGGUAACUGGAUGUGGCCAGCUAAAUUACCAGGAGAGGGAGUAAAUCUAUAUAUAGCUUGCCAGGCAAUGUGUCAGGUGAUGAAGGAGCUCGGUAUAGCUGUGGAUGGUGGAAAAGAUUCAUUGAGUAUGGCAGCUAGAGUUGGUGGGGAAACCAUUAAAGCACCAGGUACACUAGUUAUAUCUGUAUAUGUCCCGUGUAUUGAUAUCACAGCCACUGUAACGCCAGACUGUAAACUACCAGGAGGCCGAGGUUGUUUACUGUAUGUUAAGUUAAAUAAAGAUCUCUAUCGACUGGGAGGAACAGCUCUCGCUCAGUGUUACAAACAGAUUGGAGUUACUGCCCCUGAUUUAGAUAACCCACAGGAACUGGUAUCUGUCUUUAACAUUGUACAGUCUUUAUUGAAAGAUAAGUUAAUAACAGCAGGACAUGAUAUUAGUGAUGGAGGGUUUAUAACGUGUCUAUUAGAGAUGAUGUUUAGUGGUAACUGUGGAACUCAGGUUAAUCUUCCUCUUACUACAUCAGAAAGUGACCUAUCAGUGUUAUUCAAUGAAGAACCAGGGGUUAUUUUAGAGUGUUCAUCAGAUAAUUGUGAAGAGGUUAUAAAUAGAUUUUCUACCGCCAAUAUAACUUGUUAUAAUAUUGGUUAUUCUACUCAGGAUAAACACAUCACAGUAAAGAUGAAUGAUAGAGAAGUUAUAAAUGAAGAGAUGACAAUAUUAAGAGAUAUCUGGGAAGAGACAAGUUUUCAACUGGAGAGAUACCAGACUAACCCUGGCUGUGUCGAGACUGAGCAAGAAGGGUUAAAACACAGAAAAUCUCCUCCAUAUAAACUAACCUUUGAUCCUGUCUGUCUUACACCAAAUAUAGAAAAUAAACCAAGAGUUGCUGUACUCAGAGAAGAAGGGAGCAAUGGAGAUAGAGAAAUGGCGGCCGCAUUCCACUCUGUAGGAUUUGAAGUAUGGGAUGUCAACAUGCAGGAUUUAAUCGAUCAAGUCGUUACCCUGGACAGAUUUCAAGGUUUGGCGUUUGUGGGUGGAUUUAGCUACGCAGAUGUCUGUGGAUCAGCUAAAGGUUGGGCUGCUACAGCUAAGUUUAAUAGUUAUAUAAAGGAAGAGUUUACCAGAUUCUAUAAUCGUCCUGAUACGUUCAGUCUAGGAGUGUGUAAUGGAUGUCAGUUAAUGGCAUUGUUAGGCUGGGUUGGGGCUGCAGAUAAUUCUGACCUAUCUCAGGGUCUCUUGCUGGAUCAUAAUACAUCUGAACGUUAUGAAUCACGUUAUGUUACGGUUAAGAUACAAGACAAUAACUCAGUAAUGUUAAAAGAUAUGGAAGGGACAAUGUUUGGUAUGUGGGUAUCACACGGGGAAGGUAAGAUGUGUUUUAAAACUCCUGAACUCCAUCAACAGAUAUUAUCCAAGAAUCUUGCUCCAGUACGUUACAUUGAUGAUGACGGCCAAAAUACUCAAAUUUAUCCUUUUAAUCCUAAUGGUUCACCUGAUGCCAUUGCUGCUGUUUGCUCUGAAAAUGGACGCCAUCUGGCUAUUAUGCCACACCCUGAAAGAUGUUUCCUGUCUUGGCAGUGUCCGUGGAUGCCGAGCGUAAUGAAAGAAAAGUUAGUUUUCACUCCAUGGAUAAGGAUGUUUCAGAAUGCCUAUGAUUGGUGUCUUAAAUUAAAUCUUUAA